GUUAGCGGGUGGGAGGCGCGGCCGCGUUGCUACAGCGAGAGCUGGGGAGCUGGGCGGCGGCGGGCGCUGCCCGAGGAGUGUCCCGGAGCCCGAGGCGAAGGCGCGAUGGAGGGACUGGAAGAAAAUGGAAGUGUUCAAGUUGGAGAAUUAUUACCUUGCAAGAUUUGUGGAAGAACAUUUUUUCCAGUGGCAUUAAAAAAACAUGGACCCAUUUGCCAGAAAACUGCCACUAAAAAACGGAAGACUUUUGAUUCAAGCAGACAGAGAGCUGAAGGAACUGAUAUUCCAACAGUAAAACCUCUUAAACCUAGGCCUGAACCGCCAAAGAAACCAUCUAAUUGGAGAAGAAAACAUGAGGAAUUCAUUGCCACCAUACGAGCAGCUAAAGGCCUGGACCAGGCCCUUAAAGAGGGGGGCAAGCUUCCUCCUCCUCCUCCCCCUUCGUACGAUCCUGAUUAUAUUCAAUGUCCAUAUUGUCAGAGGAGAUUUAAUGAAAAUGCAGCUGAUAGACAUAUAAAUUUCUGUAAAGAACAGGCAGCACGUAUUAGUAAUAAAAGCAAAUUCUCUACUGAUGCCAAAGGCAAAGCGACUUCUCGGACACAGUAUAAGCCGCCUGCUCUUAAAAAGUCCAAUUCUCCUGGGACUCUGUCAUCGGGAUCUUCACGAUUACCACAGCCAAGUGGCACCAGCAAAACUGUUGUAGGUGUCUCUUCAGGUAGAAUGUCUUCAGUUAGCAGCUCGUUGGGAAACAAACUUCAGACCUUAUCUCCCUCGCAUAAAGGGAUAGCGGCCCCUCAUGUAGGUAAAAUGGACAAGUUAGGCCCUCCACUUCGAACUGGAAGACAUGUGCAAAGGUUGUAUGGCAGUGACACAAAAUCAGACAGUGCCAUCAAAAGACAUGAGUUAUUACCCAUUUACAACGCUAACAUCAAACCUCGAAAUUCCACACCACCUAGUUUGGCACGAAAUCCUGCCUCAGGUGUCCUUACAAGCAAGAGAAAAACAUAUGGUGAGAGUUACAUAGCCAGGCCAGAUGGCGACUACGUAUCUUCACUCAACGGUGGAAACAUGAAAGGCUUUGAAGGAAGUUCCUCUGGACACUUACCCAAAUUCUGCCACGAGUGUGGGACUAAGUACCCUGUGGAAUGGGCCAAGUUUUGCUGUGAAUGUGGCAUUCGAAGAAUAGUUCUGUGAACAAAACCCCAAACGAAAGAGCGAAGUCCAGAGUUUGAUGACUGUUACUGCUUCCAGCCAGAGCACUUCCUCUAGUUAUUUUGUGCUAAAAUUGAUACACUUUUUUCCAGCAAUUUUUGGAACAUAAUCCCCUUGCUAUAUAAUGUGUGUGGUGUGUGUAUAUAUGUGUACAUAUACUGUAUAUAAUAAAUACCUAUUAUUCCAAACUGUGCCAGUCAAGAAAAUACUCAUCUGUUGGAAAAUGAUUUCAAGUGGAAUCAUUAACUUAGGUGUUACUCUUCUGUUGUUGUGAAAACACAUCAAGUACAAAUCCUCGAACUCUAGUGCUUAGCCCUUCAGGCUUUAGGAUGAUCAUUACUUUGAGCAAAAAAUCAGAAUAAACAUUUUAUUACUGGUGCCUAUUUUCAGAUAGUCUCCGCGAUAUUUGGAUGGGAUGCUUGGAGUUUUGGAAUUGAGAAUAUUUUUAGUUGCAAUUAGUUAUGUGAGGUCAUUUUGCAGUAGUUCUCUUCAACAAUUUUAUAAAUUUUUUUUAAAAGAAAAAAUAAGUUCUGUGUUACCUUUUACUCAGUGUAUGAUGAUAUAAUUUAAAUAUUUUUACUCAUUCUCUCAAAAUGUAAUUAUGCAAUUUCCUUUUUGGAGACACAGGCUAAAAAUACAAAUCUUAUUCUAGUUAUAACUGAAAUUUUUACCUCUGUGUCUGCAUCUUCAAAUUUCAGUUCUUUCUUUUCUAUAACCUAAUGUCUAAUGAGUAGUUUUAUUAUUAUUUUUAUUAAUUAUUAUGUUUUAAUCCUCACCCAUUUUUCCACUGAUUUUUUUUAAGGGAAUGAAAGGGAGAGAAAAGAGACAGAAACACUGAUGUGAGAGAGACACAUCGGUUGUUUGCCUCCUGCACACCCCAACAGGGCCAGCAGCCUGCAUCUGAAGCAUGUGCCCUUGAUUGGAAUUGAACCUGGGACCCUUCAGUCCACAGGCUGAGGCUCUAUCCACUGCACUAAACUGGCUAGGGCUAUGGAAUAGUUUUAAUUUACUACUUCAUUUUUGCAAAGUUUGAAAAUGUAAUUAAUAAGAGAUGCAAAAAUUUUCUUCAAAUUCACGUUUAUUUCUAUGCAUCGGAAUGUAGAAUAAAUUACUUUAGUGGAUUUUAAAACAAAUCACCUCACCAAAUAAGUAAUAAUUUUGGUAAUAAUUAUCAGUGGAGGGCAUGCAGGUAAAAGAAUUUGAAUUUUAGUCUCUUGAAGUAUAGUUAGAUGUAGUUAUGAGUAGGUUAAGAGAAUAUCUAAGUAUUCCUACUCAAAUUUUUUUUUUUAGUUUUUCAUGUUGAAAUACCAUUCACAUCACAAUAAAAGCCACAGAAAAUGUAUUGCUUUGCAUACCUGACUUAUGUAAUUAAGCAUUCACAAAAAUUUAAUUAUCCUUCUUUACUUUGGCUAAAAUACAUCAUGUAAUCAUUGUCACACUCAGUGUAGCAUAGUAUGUAGUAGUAAAUCUCUUUGCUUGUGUAGCCAUAUUCAGUGAUUCAGUAGUAAUUUCUGUUGAAUCAAGC